AGUGAAAGAGGAAGUUUUGUUUAGACAGACACAACUCUUGUUAUUGAUUUUCUUCCUAACUUUUUGAUGUACCUUCGAGAAAGUGUGUAGAAUGAAUCAUAUCCUGAGAAUAGCAAUAGUUUAAUCACAUUAUACUCAUCCCAACUUUCACUAAAGGAAAUACAAAGCGAGAACAUGGACAACUACUAUAAGGAGUCCAUCUAUUUCAAGACUGAUCUUUAAGCCUAACGACCACUACUACUUGUACUAAUCAUAAGACUUUUCGGAUAAACAUAAAACUAACUACAACCACGAACUACCUAAAAGAACAAAAAAGAACUACCUACUAAAACCACAACAUCACUUACAUAUGUGGCCAUUCUUCAUCUUGUCUCAGUGCUUGCCGGGAUGAGCAAACGUACCUCAGGAUCGCCUGUCGGACCUGAUACGAAAAAACAGCGUUCGAGUCCACAGAACAACAUGCUGGCAGAAGGACAAGAUACAGCAACUGGACAAGAUACUGCUACCGGGACUGCUGGUGGCAAGAUGAAUGCUUCUCUUAUGGAGAUUGCAUUGAGUUGCAAUAGUUCUUGUGAUUUUUCUGUGAUCGGGACGGCAGACCAUCGUGUGCUGGUUUGUUCUAUGAGUGCUAUGUAAAUUGAGAAAUUCACUUUGGAAGAGUGCACGGGAGGGAGAUUAGGCCUCAUGAAGACCUUGAUGCCUCUUUCAUUUUGAAGUGGAGCAAUCCGAGCGGACCCGAUCUAUUGUCCACAGAACAAACCUCUAUAGACAACCUCAAAGGAAGCGCUUCUUCUUCGUCCUCCUCGAGUAUGCUGAAGGUGACAAACGCAGGCGGAUCGAUGAACAAUAAUGGUACGAGCACAAGCGCUAGUAAAGCGAUUGGAAGGACCAGAGCACGACAUCCUUUGCCUGAGUUCCAUGAUGGAUUCAAGAGUCGGGAAAUUGUCUUACUCCUCUUGCAAGCGUUGCAAGGUCUCCGCUUAAACGAAAGCGUGGCUGCUAUCGAAAAAGAGACAGGUGUACGGUUGGAAGGUCCACUCUUAGCUUCCUUGAGAAAAGCAGUAGAAUCAUCGCAGUUCGAUAUAGCCUUGGCGGUUCUAGACCAGAUAGAGGAAAGCGUACUGAACAAUGAAGAGGAUGCUGGUGGAGGAAGUCAUGGUUCGACCAUAUCUAGUUCGAAGAAGCAGAGGAUGAACGGAGAAGGACAAAAUGGGAAGCAUUGUAUGAAUGGAAAGCACGAUCAUGGCGAUGCUGGUACAUCGAAGGUCAGUAACGGCUCUUCCUAUGACGCCAACAACAAAGAUGAAGGUACGCAAGUAGAUGAUACUGGGGAGAAAAAGCACAAGAUGAAUCCACCUCCGGUUCCCGCGUCUAGCUCAAGUACCUCGAGGGGUCGCACAAAUAAGGGAAAGAGCACCACAUCUACUCCUUCAUCACCUACUCUCUCCAGUUGGAACGUCCACAACAAGGGAAAAAUCCAGUUCCUACUCCUAGAAGAAGCUUUCUUCGAACAACUUGCUCAACAGAGAGUACCACGAGCAGUUGCGAUAUUACAACAGUCGCUGUCGGAGGUAGCUCAUGGCUGUGGCUAUACGACACGAUUUCAAGAGCGGCUGCACGAGUUGGCUUCUUUUGUGAUGUGUAGGAACGAAAAAGAUCUCGAUUACUUCGCAGGAUGGCGCAGACAGAGGUCAAAACGGGUUUUAUGGCAACGGAUACUGCGAUUGUUGCCUACGUCCAUUGUCAUGCCAGCGAAACGCUUGACGGAGCUGUUGUACCAGGCGCUGAGAUUUCAGGUACGUCUACUUACUAUCACUUUGGAUUUAAGACUUGCACUUAUGAGUACAACUACAUCUACAUUCUUUGACACGACUGCAAAAGAUUGAAGAUACCAAAGUCUAACCUUCAAUUCAAUAACUCUCCAAUCCAGGAACUGGCCUGCGUCUACAACGACCCUGAUGCGCCUGCCUUGAAGAACCAGUGCCGCUCUUUGCUGAACAAUCACGUCAGCCCUCCCAUGCGGCUGCCUAGGAGAGUCUUGCACGUCCUCGAAGGGCACAAAGACGAAGUAUGGCACAUUGCCGUAUCCAACCAAGGCAGAUGGCUAGCAACAGCCUCUCGGGAUGGCCGUAUUCUGGUCUACGACACCGCGCAACAUUUCAAUGUCGUUUAUACCCAUGAAAAAGGUGCUAGCCCAAGCUCUUCCCCUCAAGACGGAGCCAGUAGUGGGCGGCAAGAAGAGCAGCUAGUAGAGUCAGCGCCACCUUCAUAUCUGGCGUGGUCGCGGGAUGAUCGUAUGCUGCUGUCCGCCCACGGCGUAGAAGUAAGGCUGUGGUGUGCGACCGGUGUGCGGAUACCUUUGAAGAGUCUGCUAGUGGAGCCGUUUUUUGUUGGGGAUAAAGCUGUAAUGAAAGUUAUGCUCACGGCUAUGUAUUCCUUUAUGUCCCUUCUUUCCAUGUACAAAAAUGAUUCCAGCUCUGUCUCUUAGCCCGCUCUAACUCUAGAAAGCAAACCGGAGACGGCGAGCAGUCGCAGAUGCUCUGUAUGGACCUCGCAGCCUGUGGAAAUCGAUGCGUGCGCGUGUUUCGCAGUCCGGAUGCAGAAGACACUGAUGCAGGAUUUGACACUGUCGAAUGGGUUUCUCCUGGUGAAUUCGUCACAGCCGGUUUCCGUGUCACCCUAUGGAACGUGUGGGGAGAUCGCAUUUGGAGCAUGCAAGGCCGUGACGGAUCUGUCCAGGAUAUCGCGAUAAACUUCGACCAGUCGUUGCUGUUCAUGCUUUGCGCUGAGAGGCAUGUCAAGGUAUAUUUUUCUGUGUUUGGUUGAGUAUGUUAUCAACCAUGUAUAGCAAGGGUCGACGCGUUCACAGCGCGAAGCAGAGGCAGGAAGCAGGCAGGCUGCGUGCCUAGCUCGGGGCGGCCGGAGGCGCGGAGAGGGGGAGACGCUGGCUAGCCCGAGCGCGUACAACACCCCAACAGCGUGUUACGUUCUCGACGGCGUCCAGCUGUGGGGUGACGGAGCGCGCGGCCUUCAUGGGUCACAACGUAUCGGAGCUUCUGGGAGGUUGGUGACCCGUGGGCGGAGGGGCCUUGCCUGGCCUCUACCGCAGGCCGGAACCUCGGACCAAAUUGAGUGGCUCGCUCUCUUCACGCCUUCGCAUAAAUCAAGGAGCCGCCAACCCACCGGGAGAACCUGCCUCGCCGUAAGUACCGAAAACCGGCACGCCACGCGGACCAGCUUCGGCCCCUCUUUUCCAUUUUCAGGGGGCUGACGCCGGAGGCCCCGGCCACCGGGGCUGGCCUAUUCUACCAAAGGCGUGGGAGGCUCGGCGAGGGUGAUCUGAGUAGCAACCAGCCGCGGAGGACGCUACGGGGGACAUGUGUCGGUGUCUGUGUGAGGAUUUGCAUUGAGAUGAGUGGGGUGAAGGUUUUGGCUUGGGUUUUCGCCUUGGGUGCAUAUGUGUCUCUCGUUCGUGCAUUCGGGUGCCACCAAGUGCCUGCGAACUUUUACAUGGCAGACAAUAGAGCUGGCCCCCAACCGCCAGCCUGGCUUCUGUGCUAGACAGUGCAUCAGCCCGAUGAGGUCAGGGAAAGACUGGCCAGCUUUCUUGUGGUUCUUUUCCGCUACGGCAGAGCAAGCCUGACGGCGAGGGAGCUAAGCAGCCCAAGCCGGCUCGAAAACUCCGGUGCAGGAAGCGCAGCCAUGGAGGUGGAUCCGGGGUCCGCUUAGGGAGGGCGGAGCAGUCUCCUGCUAGUACUUAGUGGAGAAAGUGAGGCAAACCGAGUCGCUCGCCCGCGCCUCUCUAUGAGAGAAGGCAGCGACUUGAGUGCUGGCGGCUCGUCUAGUGCUGUACCCGACGACGCUCAAAGCUGCACAUCGAUCGAAGGCACAGCCCUCGCGGACCUGCGUGGGGCACCAGGACCAGUCUGCCGCGUGUGUUGGGCUCGAAGCGCGCAGGUUGGGCCGCCGCUGCUUUGUUCAAGCGGGGCCGAACGGCUGCGGCUUCGCUCUCAGUCAGGUGUGGUGAAGCGACUGAGUGCGAGGGGAUGCGCUUUCGGGUGUUCGCGGGUGGCAUGGCUGUCACGGGCGGCGCAAGCGGGCCCGACCAACCGGCUUGAGGGCUUUGGCUGGCGCGCGUGUAUUCCUUUGCGGGAAACAGCAGCACCAAGGCCAAGGAGCUUGAGGAAAAGAAGAGCACAGCCCCGCCUGGCGUUGAUGCUAGCCAACUCCGCCAGAGGAGACCCACCUGGCCGCCAUUCUUGUCGGCGGCUUGCCGUGUAAGUGCAACCGUGGGGAGGACUAUGAGCCACACCUGGAGCCAAGGGCGGCAGUGCUGUGCGUGGCCGUGGCGCGACCUUUGUGGCGCAUGCGCAGCGCCUUCCCUGGUCUGCCAGACCCAUCUCGGGGCCUGUUGAGUGCCUCGGAGGAGCCCCGAAGAAAGAUUGGGGGCGAACCUCCUCCGCAAGAGGGCGCGCCAGGGGCUGGGGCUUGGUAAGUAUCCCGAAGGCUCAGGAGGCCGGCAUCACGGUCGGGGCCAUCGCGGCGGCUGCGCUGCGUUUUUUUCGUGUGGCGUCUGUGGUCUCGUGUGUUGAGAGGCGUGGGGCAUUUUUGCAAGCCAGGUAUGGCGUAAGUUUCUGGUGCACCCACAGGGGUCACGGGGGUGAUGCGCGUAGCUAACGAGACAGGGGUCCCGGCAGUUUUCUGCUUAGAUAGUUGCUUAUAUCUUGCGGGCGUAUGAGGAUAGAUUAGUCAGAGAUAGAGAGAGAGAGGCCCACAAAAUGAAAAAGCAGAAGCGUGUCGGCCCCUUUGGUCCUUCGCAUGUUUUUACCUAUCCUAGGUAUGUCUUGCUCGCUUAUCUCGCCACUUUCUUUGAGUGAGCUUAGCUUUAGCCACCAACAACUCAGGUCAUCGACCUCCGGAACGCCGCAGAAAAAUAUGUCAUCCCCGAAAGUGAGCCUGUAACUUGUCUCCACGCCUCUGCUCGAACCAACGAUAUUCUUUGCAGUCGAGCAGCAGUGGGUGAUGCAAAAGAAGGACCCGGAGGUCUAAUCCGUCUCUGGAGUUGCUCUCCUACUGGCGCCCAUGAGGUACAGAUCUAUACCGGACACGUCCAAGCACGCUUUGUGGCGAGACCGUCGUUUGGAGGAAGAGACGAAGAGUUCGUUUGCAGCGGCAGCGAGAACAGUCAAGUCUGCGUGUGGCAUCGCGCGUUGGGAACGCUUUUGUGCACUCUCGAUGGCCACAGUUCUGCAGUCAAUUGCGUCGCUUGGCCUAUUGGGUCACCCUUCCUCUUCUCAGCUUCAGACGAUCACACUGUGCGAGUAUGGACGACACUGGAUAGUAGAGGGAGUGGAGGAGGUCAAGGUGGCAACGCAUCUGCUGGAAAGAAUAUGGCAUACAUGAACGACGGAAGUGGUGUUAGUAUUGCUCGAGGAGGUGGAAAUGCACUAGAGAGAGGUGGUGGCUUCGGGAUGUCGGAAACUUCUUCUGGCCUAUUGCCACGUCCAGGUGGAUCAUUGCUGCAGGUGCAGUAGUCACAAACCCCCAGCUGAUCUAAUCGAAAUAUCGUGUACAACCUUUAGUUCUUCAUGUUCUUGGAAAAGAGAAACUAGCAUCUCGGGAAUCGAAUUUAUACUUUUUGAACCAUUUUUUGUUGUGAAUGGUUUUUAUCCUCGGCUUGUUACUAGAAAACUGUCACUCUAUGUCGUCGGGAGAGCGUCUUUUAUACCAAUAAACUUUCCGGCAGUAUUAGACUACUUGAUGAAAAUGUUACUUGGGUCCAAAUAAUUUGAUCGAGGAGCAAGUCCUCAGAAGUGAUCCUGUGAAGUCGGAG